AUGGUUUUGUUGAAGACAUCAAAUCGGCCACCGAACAAAGGCCAACUCCCAGUCUCUGCAUCUGCCUCUGCCACUGCCACCAGAUCCACUAGACCAUCCACCACCGUCGCUGUAAAGCGGCUAGACGUGAAGGGUGGGCAAGGACAAAAUGAGUUCUUGAUGGAGAUCUUCAUGCUCUCUAGUUACAAACACGAAAAUCUGGUCUCUCUUGUUGGAUUCUGCGAAGAAGGUGACGAGAAAAUCAUUAUUUACGAGCACGAGGGUCGCGGAAGCCUCGAUAAGUAUCUGGCCACCGAUCAUCUUACAUGGGUGCAACGGCUUCUGAUAUGUCUUGGUGCUGCUCGUGGACUAAAUUAUCUACAUACCGGUGUCGGAGAGGGGCACAGGGUUUUACAUCGUGACAUUAAAAGCUCUAAUGUCUUAUUGGAUGAUAAUUGGGAAGCAAAAAUUUCCGAUUUUGGGUUGUCAAAAAUAGGUCCAACGAAUCAGGAGUUCACUUUUCUUGUUACGAAUGCCGCUGGAACAUUUGGCUAUGUUGAUCCGCUAUACGUAUCGACAGGAGUUCUUACAAAAGAGUCGGAUGUGUAUUCUUUUGGUGUGAUUUUAUUUGAAAUCUUGUGUGGAAGGCUUGCGAUGAUCGGAAAAUAUGACGACGAACGUCGGUUCUUAUCUCACUUGGCUCAACUCCGUUAUGAAGAGGGGAAACUAGACGAAAUUAUUUUUCCCGGUAUUCUGAAACAAAUAAAGCCCGAUUCGUUGCGAGUGUUCUCCAGAAUCGCUAAUCAAUGCCUGAAAAUAGAUAGGAAAAAACGUCCGACGAUGGCAAUGGUCAUCGAACAGCUACAAAUCUCGUUGGAAUUUCAAAUCGGUUGUCGGAAAAUCGUACGAAUUGGGUUAUGGGGAUCGAGCACAGGUGGAUCCCCAUGGUCGUUGCAGCUUGAUAGCAACCAGAAGCUUCGGAAGAUAACGAUAGAUCACGAGGAUUGGCUUUAUUCUAUUGGUUUUACAACUCAAGAUUUUAGUGGGACGUUGGAUUCUUCUCAACGUCAUGGUGGCAGCGGCGGCCCUAGCGGUGGCAGAAUUUCUGAGGUUAACUUCGAUGUUGAUGAGGAGAUAACCGAGAUACUAGGAACAGUUGGGAAAACGACCGGACGUUAUGCAAAUUAUAUAGUAAUCUCAUCAUUGUGUUUUAAGACAACCAAAAAGACGUGCGGGCCUUUUGGUAAUGAGACAGGGACUCGUUUUUCAGUGCCAUGGGAUGAAGCCGUCUUCCUUUACCUCUACACUCUCUAUCCCUUCCCUUUGGAAGCCCUAACCGCCACCAGCAGCAUUGAACCCCAUCGUCUUGAAUCUAGAUUCUCUCCUGUUGGAUUCUGGUCCAUCUGUGCAUCUACACAAUACAGCUUUGCGAGUCUUGAUUGCUUCUAUGGCUAUAAGCAGCUCCAAUACCGAUGUUUAAAAAAAACCGUUCAGAUUAUUAAGCUUCAGAUUUGCUUCCAUGGCUCUGGUUAUAGCUAUGGCUACCUGCUGUUAUUUUCCUGUGCACACCAGAAGCUGCAGGAAGAAGCUAAAUCUGUCGGGCAUCAGCGUAAUGUUUGGCUGACUAAUCUCCUUGUUUGCUGCUGUGAAGAUGAUGAGAGGCUACCUGUGGCAGAUGGUUUGACUUUAACAAAAGGCAAAAAAAGUCUAAUGCUUCACAUAUUCUUGGGUUCAAGUUCCAAUAUUAUCAGCACAAUAGAAAGACAAAAUAGUGUCCUGCCCCUGGUUGUGACUAUGUUGUGGACUUCAUUGUUGGUGGUGGAACAUUUGAUGUUACCUGUGGUUGCUCAUAUAGCUUUUGCUAGAAUAUACUACAUCCAAAUGACAUUCAGGUGUCCUUUUUGUGAAGAACAAGAUAGAAACCCGGGGACGAAGAAAAGAAGUCAGGUUUAUUCAGAGGUGUUAUCGCUAAUUGAGUUAUGCAGAGUGCAGCUGAAAGCAAUCCAGUUGACGGGUGAACCAAAUUUCUCUAAAAUUGCAACAUCAUUUUCACGGCCUCCUCAUAUCUUUGUUUCUACUCCAGCUUGUGUCCAAAGAUGUCUUUCAUCAGUAAAUCAGGCACAUCUUCUUUUUACAUAUGGAUAUGAAAAGAAUCUCAAAGAUCUCAAAACUCACAUUCCUAAAAGAUGUGAUGAUGUUGAAAGCUUGAAGAAGCUUUAUCUACAAAAUCUCUAUAUUCUUACUUUACCAGAAGUUGGUGAUGGAAAGGAUGAAAUUGUCCCAAAAAAUGUUCAACAAUUUUGGUUGGAUCUUGUUCAAAAGAAAGUCUUGAUAUUUACAAAUACAAUUGACACAAGUUUUAGAUUAAAACUUUAUCUUGAUCAGUUUGGUAUAAAAUCUGCUGUGUUAAAUGCUGAAUUACCUGUGAAUUCACGUCUACAUAUUCUUGAGAAAACAUACUUGCUGGUAAGAUGA